AUGAUGAACCGGCCGAGUUUUCAGCCGAUUGACUACGAGGAGGCCGUCAUGGACGAUGCAGAAAUACUGGGCCUCGACGCCCGUGGAGACAUGGCCCAGGCUGCAGCACCAGCGGCAGCAGCAGGUACCACCACCGUGACCAGGUCGCCCUUGUCCAAACUGCGAUCUCUCUCCGACGGCGGCGGCACGCCUGCGAGGCUGUCACCAUCCCCCCUCAUCCUCGAGACGACGGGCAAGGCGACAUCAAAGGACGACAACCACAUCAGAGACACCGCAAUCGCCCCGAGCACGCCCCGUCGCGUUGAUUUUAACCCCAAGGGCCUAUCACUACACAUGCCGCCGCACCAGCGAGACUUUGCCUCUCCGCCACCGCCUUCUGCCGCCGCCUCUGCCGUAUUCACCAAGCCAGCACCUUUAUCCCCCAAGCUCGACCAUUCCCGAACAGUCCUCCCCCGACUCCUCCCGACCAUCGGCGGCGGCCGCGCCAUGAACAUACCCCAGCGACGAAGCAACGACUACAACAACGCCGAGCAAUUGUCCAACUCGCUCUGGUCCAUGAUGGGCAACCAAGAACGCAUGAACAUAUCGAGCUCCUUGGGCAGCGCCCAUCCGUUCGCCUCGGAUUCCUCAUCCGAGGACGACAUGGACGAGGACAUGGACGACGCAAUCGUCACGACACCGCAGGUCAACCGAACCGGCGGACCGCUCGGUUCACCAGCGGUCAAUAGCCUUCUGAGCUUCCAGCAACGCCAGCGCCCACGGAAGCAGCCGAGAAAGAAGAGUCGAGGGCCCUGGGACUCGGCUUCGGCUCAGCCUCGCCUGGCGCGCUCUCCAAGUCACCGCCCAUUGCCAAGGAUAUUCCCAUGUCCCAUUCACGACGCGAGAGCAUCAGUUGGCAGGCGAACCAACUCCACAUUUCGAGCGCCGACGAGGACAGAAUGGGGCGGCGACAGUAUCAAUGGUGUCAUGGGCAUCUCUGGCCAGAAGCCGCGGCACACAUCAUGCGGCAGGUCGCCGCGCGGGGAGGAAAAUCUCAUGGCCCCAAGACAAAAAAACUUUUGCCCCGCAUCCAAGCACGCCCCUAGAAGUGCGCCUGUGGAGACCGAGGUGCUCCGCGAACGUGAGGUGAUACGACAGGUCCGCGAGAGCGACGUCGACCUCGAACCUAGAACAACCACCGCCCAGUCCUCGCCCAACCUGGUUAACCAGGACAUCGACGAAGUGCCCGGUGAAGACAUGAACAUGAACGCCGACCAGGCAGGCCUUUCCAGUAGUUUCAAGCAGCAAGCUAUCAAGAAUUCAAAGGGUGCCAAGUUCUGGGAUACGUUCUCCGAGUCGAGCAGCAUCGGCAACCGGACGACGCCGCCACCGCCGUCCUUCAACCCCCGCGGCUCUUCCUCCGGCAUCAGCGAAGACAUCAACAUGGACUCGCCUUCUCUCGGUGCCACCGCCAGCUUCGCCAUGGCUGCAAGCAGCGGCGAGUCGACCAAGGGUGACACGCCCAACAUCUCGCAGCCCGCGUUCCCACAGCAGUCGCAGCAGGGCCCCAGUGCCGCCGAAAUCACCCGGCGCAUCAACAGCAAGCGGCGCCGCGAGGACGACUUUGACCCUGUCAGCUUCAAGCGCCGUGCCGUGAGCCCUGGCAUGAGCGUCCACAACUCGCCCAUCAUGCAGAGCCCGCGGCAGCGAGAGAGCGCGCCGUGGGGCUCUCGACCGGGCAGCAACGGCGGCGAGAGGGCUGAUCGGGGCGGCAGCGGGGCAGCGAGCGACACGGGGAGCGGGAGUCUCAGCGGCACGCCGGGGAACGGGGGCCGUCUGAAUGGAGGGAAGGGACGAGUAGGGUUCCAGGGCAUGGUAGAUACGAACGACCAUCUGAUGCGUAUGAGCAUCGAGUGA